AAAGUGAAGCAAAAGAGGAAGAAAUAAAGGCAAUUCGACAGGAAGACCCACCACUAACCCCGCUUUGUCCUUCAGCUUAGUUCCUCCCUAUAGUACAGUCCCUUGGAUCCCUCCCACCACCAUUAAUAAAAGCACUCCCGCCUCUCAAUGUGUCCCCAUCUUCAGUCUUCGGCUUUCUCUCUCUCUCUCUUCUGUCCCUCCCCAACUCUGAGUGAAGAACCAGGCAAGGAGCCAUUGCCUUGACUGAGAGAGCUCCUUUUGCAACACUUCUCUUCUCUUCAUGGGUGUUUUCACUUUCGUACCAACCAUGACUGCAACACCCAAAAAAGAAAGCCCUAAAUGUAAACGGAAACAGCAGAAGCAAGUCAAGCAACCCUCUUCUUGGGAUCAAAUCAAGAGCUUACUUACAUGCAAACAGAUCGAAGCUUCACAAGUCCAAGACCCUUCAAAGAACAUCGUCGUUGGGUACACCAAACUGGGCUCUUCCUGUAGAUCUAUCUGUAGUUUCCGAGACGUAGUUCACGGGAACACAAGAGUAAUGCACAGGUCUGAUAACUCACCGGAAAGCAGCUCUCUAGGUCAAGAAACAGCUCUUCUUAGCCGGAAACCGGGGACCGGAUCGUCAACUCGCUUGUUAGCUUCAACGAGGUCUAACAAUGGAGGAACUUACUCUUCUUCUUCUUCUUCUUCUGCUUCUUCUAGAGGAAUGCAUUUGAGGAAGCUUUCAGGUUGUUAUGAGUGUCAUACCAUUAUUGAUCCUAGCAGGUAUCCAUCUUCAAGGACAACUAUCUGUGCUUGCCCUCAAUGUGGAGAGGUCUUCCCCAAGAUAGAAAGCCUGGAUCUUCAUCAAGCAGUCAAGCAUGCUGUUAUGGAGCUGGGACCUGACGAUUCAGGGCGUAACAUAGUAGAGAUAAUCUUCAAAUCGAGCUGGUUGAAGAUCGACAAUCCGAUCUGCAAGAUCGAACGGAUACUAAAGGUUCACAAUAGCCAAAGGACAAUCCAACGGUUCGAAGAUUGCAGGGACGCAGUCAAGGCACGUGUGACCAGUAACGUGAAGAAGAACCCCAGGUGCGCCGCCGACGGGAACGAGCUGCUAAGGUUCCACUGCACCACCCUAAGCUGCGCACUAGGCGCACGAGGAUCCUCAACCCUCUGUGGCUACAUUCCAGGAUGCGGCGUCUGCACCAUCAUCAGGCAAGGGUUCUCGGGGAAGGCGCACGAUGGCAAGGGGGUGCACACUACCGCCAGCAGUGGUAGGGCCCACGACUCGCUCAUGGUUGGUAGUGCCGAGGGAAGACGGGCCAUGCUGGUUUGCCGGGUGAUCGCGGGAAGGGUGAAGCGUAUCGCGGAGGAGGCACCGCCAGAGGAGGAGAGUGGGUCUACCACCGGAAUGUACGAUUCCGUCGCCGGGAUUGCCAGGGCAUACACGAAUCUCGAGGAACUCUUUGUUUUCAAUCCUAGGGCUAUUCUUCCAUGUUUCGUCGUCAUAUACAAAGCUCUAGACUGACAUGUAUCACCUGAUGCAAUGAAUAGGUAAAGGUGGGACCCUGUUAAGGUGUUGUUUUGGUUGCUAGCUCUAAUCUGAGAGGAGCUGCACCUGUCUCUUUGUCUGUAUGUACAGAGAUCUUUCUGUAUUGUCUCACAUGUCAUCAAAAACGAAAAUUUCCCAACGUGAAUCA